AUGGCCGCACCAAAGGACUCGGGCUACAUCCAAGCCAACGACCCCACACGCCCCCGCAGCGACGCAGCCGUACCCUUCCGUGAGAUCAUCCCGAAGCCAGACCACCCCAGAAUCGCAGGUAUUGAGGCCUGCGAUGCCCACAGCUGGUGCGAGUCGCGACGCAAGAUCGACGCACCAGCGUGGCUGAUCAACCGGUUGGACGCCAAGAACCUGGAGAAGCCAUACGUGGGCUUCACGACAGACGGAACCGUUCGGGAAGGAGUGUACGAGUGGGCGGACGACGAGGGUGCGCCAGUCGAAGCGGCCGCACAGGCGGCGAAGUCGCUGGUUGCGUUGCUGUCGGCUGAGGCGCGCGCGCGCACGCUGCACGCGUCCGUUGACGACGAGGCGAUCCGGCUGUGGUCAAAUCCGGAGCUGUACGUCAACCCGGGCGGGCUGCGGCUGGAUGAGUGCGAACAAGAGGUGCGUGAGGCGGUGCACGCGGUGCUACGCGCAAGCCUGAGCGCGCAGGGCUACGACAAGACGUGGGCAUGCUGCCUGACCAACGGCUUCCUCGGCCACCUCGUCAACGGCCGCCGCGUGCUCAACGAACACUCGUACAACUUCCGCCUCUUUGGCGAACCGAGUGCCACCGAGCCGUGGGGUUACACGUUCUUUGGGCAUCACCUUUGUCUCGCAGUGAUCUUCUAUGGCCCUCGCAUGGUUAUUGGUCCUACAUUCAUGGGCGCCGAGCCGGACCGCAUCGACGAGGGCCCGCACAGUGGCUUGCGGCUGUUCAAGACAGAGGAGCUGGAGAGCUUGAGCCUCAUGCAGAGCCUGAGCCCGGAGCUGCAGGCCAAAGCGACGCUAUCUGUGGGCAUGGACGAUGAAUCCUUGCCCGCGGAUCGGUGGAACCCAUUCGACGAGAGACACCUCGGUGGUGCGAGGCAGGACAAUAGGGUGGUGCCUUUCGAGGGAUGUCCGGUAAAGGAGUUCCCGCCCAGCCAGCAGGAACAGAUCGUCACGCUCUACAAGGCUUUCAACGAGUACUACCCGGCCCCUGUACUCGAGCAUCGCGUCAACCUCUUUAGGAAGCAUCUCAACGAGACGUACUUCGCCUGGAUCGGCCCCCACGGCGACGAUGACCCCUACUACUUCCGCAUCCACUCGCCCGUUGCCUUCAUGGAACUGGACUUCCACUGCGGCAGUAUGUAA